AUGGCAUUAGGAAAGUACAGACGCAUUCAUUUGCAUCAGAUAAUUAUAGAGUCAGGAAAAGCCAGCAAUGGUGGAUUUUUGGCUGUAUGGUGUGGUCCUUGUAGAAUGGUAGGUCCAGUUGUUGAAGAGCUAGCUACCGAAUAUCAAGGAAAAGCAGUUGUAGGUAAAGUAGAUGUAGAUACAAACCAAGAAAUAGCUGCUAAAUAUGGGAUCCGCAAUAUCCCUACAAUUUUAUUCUUUAAAGAUGGAGAAGUUGUAGAUAAAGUUGUUGGAGUUGUACCAAAAGAGCAAUUAAAAAAACAACGUUUAAAUGCUCGUGUAUCUGAAGAUAUUGAUGUAAAUGCAGUAUUAGAUCAAAUUGAAGAAAAAAUUCUUCAAAUAAAGAAUAAAUAUGCUAUAGACAAAAUUCCAGAUAUUAACUGCUGA